AGGGAGGGAGAAAUUAUGGCGCGCAUGCGUUUCCUAGCGCACGUCAUGGUAGUCGCGUCCUCCUUGAGCUGUGCCGAGCCAUGCGGGCAGGGGGAUACUGUCACAGCAAGAACGACCGCUGCGUUCGCCCCCGCGCUCUCCGCCGCUCUCCUUCACAACAAGAAGCAGCUGGUACUCCGGGUCCGCGGCGCAUCGCAAGCGACCAUGAGCGAUGUCACGUUAUACACAAACAAGAUGUGCCCGUUCGCUCAGAAGGCGUGGAUUGCUCUAGAGGAGAAGAAGGUGAAGUACGACCUGGUGGAAAUCAGCCUGUACGGAAGCGGAGGAAAGCCUAGAUGGUUCCUCGACAUGAACCCGAAAGGGCAGGUCCCAGUCUUGAAGCAUGGCGACAAGGUUGUCGUUGAAUCCGACGAGAUCUUGAAGUACAUCGAUCAGCACAUGGGCUCGACUGGCGACCUGACCAAGGGACAUGAGAGCGAUGUCGCUGCAUGGAUGAAGUUCCUUGGAAGCGAGGUCCUCCCAUCAGGGAAGGCUUUGAUCAACGGAUACGGAUCCAAGACUUCUCUGAAUGAGGCGCUCCGUAGGAUGGAGGAAAGGAUUCAGGGACCCUUCAUCUUCGGGGGAGACUUCACCUUGGCGGAUAUAGCUUCAGCUCCGUUCUUUCAACGUAUGAUGACAGAGCAGGCAAGGCUGGGUUUGAACCGACAGGAGUACCCCAAGAUCUUCGCAUGGUACGAGGCCAUCAAGGCCAAGCCUUCCUUCAGCAACACCGUCGUCAAGUCCUGGUGGUGGUGGUGGCGCACGUCUGCGCAUGUCCAGCGGAGGGAGACAAAAGUCAAGGGGUGCCCUUCGCAAGCCCCAGAGACGGUCGUCAUUCACUCCAGGACCAAGAGCGGGCUCAUCCGCAGAGACAAGGCUGUCACGGGCAGCCAUCUCAUGACAGGGUCCAGGAGAUCGACGGGAGAGCAGAGCGCCGGAGCAACCAGGCAGGCUGAGGAGGCGGGAGGGACAGAAGGCUUGUCAGCUUUAGAUCUUGAGUGGAUACAGGAGUAUAUGGCGGCCGACAUGGAUUGCGAGGAGGGAGCAAUCUGA